AUGUCGUAUAAUCCGCCUUAUCCUCCAACUAAUCAACCUCCGUAUCCUGCCCACGGCGCCCCUCAGGGUUUUCCGCAACCUCCGUACCCCCAGCAGCCGGGUUACGGUGGCCCCCCUCCUCCAGGUCAAUAUAAUCGGCCGCCUCCUGCACAUCCGGGCCAGUAUGAUCGACCUCCGGUAGCAGCUCCAGGCCAGCCAGGCUAUCCUCCGUACGGACACCCCCCACCAGGCCCCGGAUACCACUCGUUGCCCCCAUCUCACUCUCCAUAUGGAGCGCCCCCACAACAGUUCCCUCCCCAUGGCGGUGCAGGAUAUCCGCAACCGGGGCCAUAUGGCGGUGGUCCAGUAGGUGGCUAUCCAUCGCAACAUCCACAGCAACCCAUCCACAGCGCUCCACCGGCCCAGCCGUCCCCGGGCUACAUCCCCGGCCAAAUUGCCCCAGGUGAUUUCCACCGCGAAGCCGAUGGACUCCGUAAAGCAAUGAAAGGCUUUGGGACAGAUGAAAAAUCACUCAUUCAGAUACUGUCGAAAGUCGACGCGCUUCAGAUGGCUGCCAUCCGCCAGACCUAUGCCAACUAUAUCCGUCGCGAUUUGUACAAGGAUGUCAAGUCCGAAACGAGUGGCUACUUCCGCGAUGGCUUGCUUGCUGUCAUUGAUGGCCCGCUGAUGCAAGACGUGACUUCCGCUCGUGAAGCGGUUAAGGGAAUAGGCACGAAGGAAUGGUUGCUUAACGAUGUCCUAGUGAGCCGAUCGAAUGCGGAUCUGAAAGCUAUCAAAGCCGCAUAUGAACGCACAUACAGCCGUUCUCUUGAAAAAGACGUCCAAAGUGAUUUGUCAUUUGAAACACAAAAUCUCUUCGGAAUGGUCCUUCGCGCAGACCGCCAUGAGGAAUCUUUCCCAAUUGACCCGCGUACCAUUGAGGAAGAAACAAAAUCCCUACACUCCGCCACUGCUGCUCGUAUGCGGAAUAACGUUCAGGAAGUUUGCGGUAUCUUCGCGCGUUCGUCGGACAACGAACUCCGCGCCAUUAACCAGGCAUUCGGCGCCCGCUACAAUGCCUCGCUAGAGAAGCAUAUCGACAAGGAAUUCUCGGGGCAUAUGAAAGACGCUCUGCUUCAGAUGUUGCGUGGCGCAUUGGAUCCAGCCAUGCGGGAUGCCGAGUUAUUGGAGGACUGCAUGAAAGGCAUGGGCACUAAGGACGUCAAAUUGGUGAGCCGCGUUGUUAGGGUACACUGGAAUAGAGCGCAUAAGGACCAGGUGAAGCGCGCUUACCGCCAUCGGUAUGGAAAGGACCUGAUCGAGCGAGUUCGCGGUGAGACAAGCGGUGACUACCAACGAACGAUGGUUGCUCUACUGGAGUAG